AUGGAAUCCGAUAUAUCCGACCAUGGGUGGCUUUAUGCGCUAGACAUCAAUCAAAUUAGAAAAAUAACCAUAUAUAAAGGGUUUUCAGCUAUGGCAAAGCUUAAGAUCUCUAGUGUCGUUAUUGCCUUAUUCCUAAUUGUCUCACCAAUGGUGCUAGCUGAAGAAGUAGAAGAAGAGUUGAGUCCUUCAGGUGAACCGCUUUCUACUUCACCGGAGGCUGAACCAGGACUUUACAACUACGUGGAACAAUGUUCAGCCAUGGUAGGCCAGAAAUGUGGGGAGGAGAUUCUACAUGGCUCCUUGUUGGGAAAGCAUGUUACUCUCGACUGUUGUGAGAAACUUCUGCUAAUGGGAAAGGAAUGUGAUGAUGCAUUGAUGAAGAUCGUUCUUGAAUUUCCUGAAUUCAAAGAACAUGAAGAAGAAGCUUUGGCAGGGGCUAAUCGACUCUGGGAAAGCUGUACUUUAGCCGUGCAAGCUACCUCACCUUCCCCUUAUAACUAUUAA